GUAGCAGUUAACAAGAUAGAUAAAGAGGGCAGAAGGCACUGGUAUAUUUAUACCUGUUUGUUGUUUUGGCUAGCCUCCUAGGCACAGUGUGUGUGUGUGUGUGUGUUUGUGUCACGGCUAAAGAAAGGCUGUAGGAGCCUCGGAGCUGCCAGGUCUUAAGCAAGAAGCAAGAAGAAGCCGCAUUGGUUGGGGCGAUUAGCCAUCCAGAUGGGUGAAUUGAGCCGCUACAGAUUCUCUCGCUCCGUUUGCCACCGCAUGGAUCUGCUGAGCUUGUCCAGGGACGAGGAGGAAGGCCACGGGGAGGAGAGCCCCAGGAGCAAGUCAAAGACGAGCUCCGUGGCAGCAGCUCCAGCCCCUCCAGCUCCAGCGCCUCCAGCUCCAGCGCCAGGGACUCCACCUCCGGCGCGCACCCAAUCAGAUCGUCGGCACAGUCUCCCAAAAGCGAGCUAUGCCAAGUCCCUCUCGGGUCCACUGCCUGUGCUGGGCAGCGACGACGGUAAGUGUCCAUCGCCGUCGGCUGCAUUGCCAUGCGGCGAGCAUCAGCCCAAGCGAGAGCUCCGGCGCCUCGUGUCGUGGUCCCGCUACCUGGAGCCCCGGGGCGACGAGCAGGCCGUGGAGGCCGCCGAGGAGUGGAUGAUUGAUCUGUCCAAGCUGCUGCUGGGUCCGAGGUUUGCAUCCGGCGCGCACAGCCGCCUCUACCAUGGCAUCUACCAAGGCAAGGCCGUGGCUGUUAAAGUCACCCGGCACCCACAAGGCUGCGACUCCGCCACCAUUGGUACCACGACCCUGGACAAGCUCUUCGCGCGGGAGGUUUCCCUACUCUCGAGGCUCCGCCAUCCAAACGUUGUCCAGCUCGUAGGCGCAUGGAAGAGGCCGCCCGUGUGUUGCGUCGUGACCGAGUACCUGGCCGGAGGCUCGCUCAAGGACUUCCUCCGCUCCAACGGAGGCGCGGCGCUGCCGCUCCGGAUGGUGGUGGACAUGGCCCUGGACAUCGCGCGGGGGAUUCGAUACUUGCACUCGCAACGGGUGGUCCACCGGGAUCUCAAAUCCGCGAAUCUGAUACUCGACGACGAAUUCAACGUCAAGAUAACGGACUUUGGCGUCGCGGCGCUCGAGUCCGAGUGUGGCGACAGCGUCACCUCCGAUGUUGGCACCUUCCGAUGGAUGGCACCCGAGCUCGUCAACGGAAAGGCCCACUCCCGCAAGGUGGAUGCCUACAGCUUCGCCAUUGUGCUGUGGGAGCUGCUCACACGCCAGACUCCUUUCCAAGACAUGACUCCAGUUCAAGCUGCCUUUGCAGUUGUCAACAAGAACGCAAGACCGGAGGUGCCGCGUGAUUGUCCAUCUCUUUUAAGUCAGCUCAUGCAAAGGUGCUGGUCUCUGGAUCCGCACGCGCGCCCUGACUUUGAGCAGCUCGUUGAAACUCUUGAGCAAUUUCAGCUGUCAAUGGAACGCAACUGGAGCAGCCGGAGCGAUGAUCCCCUUGAAAAAUGGUAACAAAAAAGUCGAAUGAGAAAACGGAAUACGAAAACUUAUCUCUGACCAAGCCAAACGUUUGACAUUCUCCUGGAGCGUCUCGCUGCGGGUCAUCAAUCUUUCUCAUGUUCUAUUAUUCCGAUCGCGAUCACACACACCUAGCACAACUUGAACAAAAAAAGUGAUCACUUGAGCAAUGACUGCUUGAUCUGCUUUCGGUUCAGCUCCCGCGACAUCUUACACAUUGUCAUAGAUGGUAACCUAACACAACGCAGUAAAGAAAAACUGAAACCCGGA